UUCAGUGAUGGUUCACAGCGCCACUUGUGACGUUGUUCUUUGCUUGGUGCUUACGUCCGUUUCCGUCUGCUAAAGAGCAUUUAAUUUUCAUCUAAUCUAGUCAAAUAACCAGUCAAAGUUCAUUGAUGGAAGAUCCUAGGUACAAAGUAUAAAUACAAGCACCAAGGUUUCUCAGUUACCAAUCCAAAACAUUCUUGAUCAUCUAGCUUUGGGUUUAGAAACCCACAAAAAUCUUCUUUCGUAGAUAUGAAGAGAGGGAGAGAAAAUGAAGAGAGAGUGAGUUUUGAAUCCAUUGACAUGACAAAAUGUCUAAUGUUGCUGUCCCAAGUCCUGGAAACCAAGCCAAAGUUAGAGCAUCUGGUGGAUGAUGUUUUCGAGUGUAAAACUUGUCAUCGCCGGUUUUCAUCAUUCCAAGCACUAGGAGGGCACAGGGCGAGCCAUAAGAAACCCAGAUUGAUGGGGGAUCAGAAAUUAGGAAACGAUUCCAAAUUUCUAAGUUUAGCAACUCAGCCUAAGGUGCAUGAGUGCGCUAUAUGUGGUAAAGAGUUUGCCGUGGGGCAAGCUUUGGGAGGUCAUAUGAGGAAGCAUAGAGCUUUAAUCAAUGAAAAAUUCUCUCCUUUUCCUGUUGUUUCAAAGGUGCCAGUGUUAAGCAGAUCGAAUAGUAAAAGAAUUUUGAACUCGGACUUGGACUUGAAUUUGACUCCUUUGGAGAAUGAUUUGCAAGCAUUGCUUGGGAAAAUGGCUCCCAAAGUUGAUCUCCGCUUUUGAAGAUCCUUAAAUUUGUUUUUCCCCCUUAACGAAAUACUUUUUCGUUUAUUUCAUGCAAAUGUAAAUUACGAUUGAUCAUUUAUUUUCUGUAGUAAUGAUUCAAACUCUUAAUAAUAUUAGAUUGAUUUUUCCCCCGUGAUUCUACAUUCAGUUAGACGAACUGAUGUCAGGAAUUUGAUGAUAUGUUGGCGGCCAUAUUGUGCAGCUUCCUGUAAAGUAUAUGGAGGUUUCUGACUUUCUUCAAAGGAUAACAAAAAAAAUUAUCAGAAGCUUCAGCAAUGGUGUCACUGCAUAUAUAGCCAUCGGGCCAUCGCUCACUACCUGCGUGGAGAGCCAUCCGGUAAUUAUGUACUCAAUGUUACAUCAUGAGUCCUGGCCCAUUGUCUGCUAAGCUUCAAAGGAAGAAACUAAUUUACAAGAGAGACCCUCUCACACCUUAAAUAUAAAAUUUGAGAAUUACAGGGUAUUUUGAUCAUUGUAACAAGCCAAAGCAAACUACAUUUCCAAUUUUUCUAAUGCCAGAAAAAACCAAUUAGAACGUCCUUUAUAUAUAAUAAGCUCGUACGUCUUCCCAUUACCCACCAAAAAUUUAGAUCAAAUAUCUUUGGUUGCUAUGAAAAAGCUAGAGAAAGUGGAGAGAAUCUAAAGCUGCUGAACCACAUCUGAUCUGAUUGGGGAUGAUUUUGAGUGCAAAACUUGGGUCAGAUUGAGAAAGUAAAUGGGCCUUGGUUCCUGCUUCCCAGUAGUGAAGUGGGCUUUCAAUAAUGGAUACGUUCUAUUGUAACAUAUAGCAUCUCAGUAAACUAAAAAAGAUAGAAAAAUAAAAAUAAACCAUAGACUUUGUUUUGGUCCAUGAAAUCAACCAUUAGUCCUCAAGCUUUCAUGCAUUUUGUGAACACAACUUUUAGACAGAACUCUUGGUGCUUUUUGGCAUGUAUCUUUCGAAUGGAAAUGUAUCAUAGCAAUCAUUUUAGCC